AUGUCGGUUAGCCAAGGAAGUGUAAAGCUAGAACAUCAAGGCAAUGUCGCAGUGAUCAAAAUGGACAUCGCCAACGCGAAGGAAAACGUUCUUAAUGAAGCGUUGAGCAAGGAGCUUCAAGAUGCUUUCGAAAAGGUGGGACGCGAUGAGUCUGUAAAGUCGGUCGUUCUGAUGUCAGGCAAGCCAAAUAGUUUCAUUGCUGGCGCCGAUGUUACAAUGCUGAAAAACGCAAAGACACCCUCGGAUGGAUCGAAUAUUUCUAGGAAAGCACAGGAACAGUUUGAGAAACUAGAAAAGUCAGGGAAACCGAUUGUAGCGGCUAUUAUGGGAAGUUGUAUGGGCGGUGGUCUGGAAUUGGCAAUGUCAUGUCAUUACCGAAUCGCCGUGAACGAUAAGAAGACUCAGCUUGCGUUACCGGAAGUAAUGCUAGGACUUCUUCCUGGGGCUGGUGGCACCCAGCGAUUGCCAAAACUCGUAUCGAUUCAGAAUGCCCUCGACAUGAUGUUAACAGGAAAGAAAGUGAAAGCUGAUAAGGCCAAGAAGAUAGGACUGGUAGAUUCGGUAGUCCAACCGCUUGGAGAUGGUAUCCUUCCUGCUGCUGAAAAUACUCACAAAUAUCUAGAGAAAAUUGCCGUAGACACAGCUCGCCAGAUAGCUGAUGGAUCGUUGAAAGUGACCAGAGUGCGACCCUUGGUCGAGCGGCUGAUGAAUAAGGCCAUGACGAACUCCUUCGUGCUUGACAAAUUGGUUAUGAAAAUGGCUAAAGAUAAGUGCUUCGGUGAGCUUACUCAAUCAUACCAGUCGAAAGCUCUAAUUGGACUCUUCAAUGGAUCUACGGAAUGCAAAAAGAACAAAUAUGGUGAAGGCAGACCUGUCAAGGAGGUGGCUGUGGUUGGAGCAGGCCUUAUGGGUGCUGGCAUAGCAAAUGUCACGAUUGAUAAAGGACUUAGGUGCGUCUUGCUGGAUAUGAACGAGCAGGGCCUCGAACGUGGUGAAAACCAGAUAAUCACUCAGCUCAAUGGUCAAGUUAAGCGAAAGAAGAUCAACAAAUUGGAGAAAGAGCGAAUGGUCUCGAAUUUGGUAGCGUCGUGCGAUUACUCGUCCAUGAAGAACUCCGAUAUUGUCAUUGAAGCGGUAUUCGAGGACCUGGCCUUGAAGCACAAAGUUAUCAAGCAGAUUGAAGGAAUAGUUGGCCCUAAUACAAUUAUUGCGUCAAACACGUCCGCUCUUCCCAUCAAGGAGAUUGCUAAGGCGUCUGCUCGCCCAGAGAAGGUUAUUGGUAUGCACUACUUCUCACCCGUGGACAAAAUGCAACUCCUGGAGAUCAUCGUUCAUGACGGAACUGCAAAGGAAACGCUAGCUACAGCCGCACAGCUUGGUUUAAAACAGGGCAAGCUUGUGGUUGUUGUCAAGGAUUGUCCCGGAUUCUUUGUUGUACGUUGUCUUGGUCCAAUGAUGUCAGAGGUAAUCCGAAUGUUGCAAGAAGGUGUUUCGCCCCCGGCCUUGGACAAGCUCACAAAGCAGUUUGGUUUCCCUGUCGGAGCAGCGACAUUGGCCGAUGAAGUUGGACUGGACGUAUCCGCACACGUUGCACAAUUUCUGGGUCAAGCGCUAGGACCAAGGGUUCGCGGUGGCUCAGCAGAUUUGCUGUCUGACAUGAUCAAUGCCGGAUUCAAGGGCAGGAAGACGAACAAAGGUAUUUAUGUUUACCAAGACAAAGGCAAGAAGAAGGUUAAUGAGGAGUCGACGAAGAUCCUCCAGAAAUAUCAACUGAAGGCCCCUGAGAAUUGCUCAUCGGUAGAAGAUCAGCAAUUGCGUCUAGCAUCACGUUUCGUCAACGAGGCUCUUUUGUGCCUCGAAGAAGGAGUCAUCGCAAGCCCGAGUGACGGUGACAUUGCGUCAGUAUUCGGCGUUGGUUUCCCACCAUUCUGGGGUGGACCAUUCCGUUUUGUCGACCUAUAUGGUGCACAGAAACUCGUCACGGCUAUGGAAAAGUUUGGCUCCGCCUACUCAGCUGAACAGAGUGCUCCAAGCCGACUUCUCCAAACAUGCUAA